AAAAAGAAGGUGUCUGAGAAGGUGGGCACUUCACUUGAGAGUUAAGAGGAACACCUGAAGUGAAAACAAGGUCCUCAAACUCUGAAAUAGAGAGAGAAAAUGCAGUCGUCACUUUCAUACGUCCAUGGCAACAGAGCCUUCAGAUUCCAAGUAAACCCAAACCCCAUUUCGAACCAAUCACCACUCAGAGCUACUAAACUCCCAUCCAAACCAUCACCUUCCUCCUCUAUUCAACUCGCACUAAGAUCCCACUCUCACUCCCAAUCACCGUCUCUCCAAAACCCCAAAUGGCCCCUGCCCUCAACUCCCUUCUCCUCCAUUGCAGCCACCACAAAGAAGCCGCAGUCGUCAGUGGCUCCAGUUCGUUCAGGCAUUUCGUCGAACAGCUUCAGUGCCAAUGGCAAAAGGAGCUUCAGGGACUGGGUUGAAGCGGUGAGUGAGGCUGUCUCCAAUGCAUUUCCGAUAUGGGUUGCUUUGGGGUGCCUCCUGGGCCUCAUCAGUCCCGGUUCCUUCAACUGGGUCACACCCAAGCUCAAUUUUUUCGGCUUAACGCUCACUAUGCUUGGAAUGGGUAUGACCCUCACUUUCAAUGACCUCAGGGACGCUUUGGCUAUGCCCAAGGAGUUGUUCUCUGGCUUCUUUCUUCAGUACUCGGUGAUGCCUUUAUCAGGAUAUUUUGUGAGCAAGCUUUUGAAUCUGCCAUCGCAUUAUGCAGCUGGUUUGAUAUUGGUUGGGUGCUGCCCGGGUGGAACAGCAAGUAACAUUGUCACUUAUAUUGCACGUGGAAAUGUGGCACUUUCAGUGUUAAUGACAGCAGCGAGCACUAUAUCAGCCGUGAUCAUGACCCCUUUUCUCACGGCCAAACUUGCUGGUCAAUAUGUUGCAGUAGAUGCAACUGGGAUGUUAUUCUCAACACUGCAGGUUGUGCUUCUUCCUGUGAUGGCCGGUGCAUUUCUGAAUCAGUACUUCCAAGGUCUGGUUAAAUUUGUCUCCCCCUUGAUGCCACCCAUUGCUGUGACAACAGUAGGUGUUCUUUGUGGGAACGCAAUUGCCCAAAGUUCCUCCGCAAUCCUCAAGUCUGGUCUACAAGUUGUGCUAGCUUCCUCCCUUCUGCAUGCAUCUGGAUUUUUCUUUGGUUACGUGCUUUCAAGGUUACUUGGGCUUGAUGUGGCAUCAUCAAGGACUAUCUCAAUUGAGGUUGGCAUGCAGAAUUCGGUGCUUGGACUUGUUCUAGCUACUCAGCACUUUGGAAAUCCUCUUACUGCAGUACCAUGCGCUGUUUCCAGCGUUUCCCAUUCAAUCAUCGGUAGUGCCUUGGCAGGAAUAUGGAGACGGAGCGUGCCGAAAAAGGAAGAAUGAAAUGUGAAUGUAGAAACUUUAAACGAUCAGUAUAAAGAAUUCUUCUGUUAUCAUAUGAACUGAUAGUUGUGGGCUUGUGGCCUUUGUUGGCAUUUCGUCACGAAAAAUUCUUGCGUACGUCAGACAUACCAGACACGUGGUACGUCUGACCAAACAGACAUCAGAAAAUUUUCUUCAUAUGAGCACUUGGAUUUUGCCAUUUA